CUGAAAAGAUUCGUUCUUUUGAACGAAUCGGUCACUCACGAGCCAACACUAGCCAACACUAACUCAAACGGCACCACAGUGGACGCAAGCUAGCUAGCUAGCUAGUAAGCUAGCUAGCUAUCGUAACGGAAUUGGAGGCUGCCUUCGAGGGGAAGAUGAGCACCAAACAGGUCACCUGCCGGUACUUCCUGCACGGCGUGUGCCGGGAGGGCGGCCGCUGCAUGUUCUCUCACGACCCGUCCAGCAGCAAGCCUUCCACCAUCUGCAAGUUCUACCAGAGAGGAGUGUGCGCCUACGGAGAACGAUGCAGAUACGAUCACAUCAAACCAUCCUACAGAGGAGGGGGCGGAGCUUCAGAGGCCAAAGCGGGUCCUGGAGGUGGAGCUUCGGUCAGACCAGAGGCCAGGAAGCCGAUGAGAGAGGCCCAAGGUCAACACGCACACCACAAGACCAAAGGAAAUUCACAAGUGCCGAAGCACUUGAGCUCAUUUUUGUGCGUGUGUAACUCAGCGGGGCAGCUGGAGUGCCUGUUCGGGGGUGUGGCGGUCAGCCCGACUCGUGAGGUCCCCGCCGCGUCCAAUCACUCGUACGUGGACGCCAUCAGGACGGGCCUGGAAGCUUCGGCGCCAGAACAAGGUUGGGACGCCACUCGGUCGCUUGGAUCGCCACAGCUAACGGGCCACCCUCGCGCAGGUCCUGCCCAGAUGGGUGGAGCCUACCCGGACCUUUGCCAGCUAUGCCCGUAUGCCGCCGCUGGCCGGUGCUUCCGCGAGGACGGCUGCCCAUAUCUCCACGGUGACCGGUGCGAGGUGUGCCGGCUGCGCGUGCUGCACCCUCACGAUGCCGAGCAGCGGCGGGCACACGAAAAGAUGUGCCUGCUGGCCUUCGAGAGGGACAUGGAGAAAGCCUUCGCCGCACAGCUCAGCCAAGACAAGGUGUGCUCCAUCUGCAUGGAGGUGGUGGUGCAGAAGGCCGUCCCGUCGGAGCGCCGCUUUGGAAUCCUGUCCUCGUGCUGUCACGUCUUUUGCCUGGCGUGCAUUCGACAGUGGAGAUGCACGCGCAACUUCAGCAACAAGAUCAUCAAAGCGUGUCCGGAGUGUCGCGUGCUCUCCGAGUUCGUCAUCCCGUCGGUGUACUGGGUGGAGGAGCAGGACGACAAGGACAACCUCGUCGAGCUCUUCAAGUCCGGAGUCAGCAAGAAGGCCUGCAAGUACUUUGACCAGGGCCGCGGCUCGUGUCCCUUUGGAGGAAAGUGCUUGUACCUCCACGCCUUCCCAGACGGAAGCCGAGCCGAGGCCGAGAAACCGCGCAAGCAGCUGAGCUCAGAGGGGAACAUCCGGUUCAUGAACAGCGUGCGCUUGUGGGACUUCAUCCAAGAGCGCGAGCAGCACCCGGCAGGCCCGCCACUGCCAUCGCCCGACGACGACAUGGCCGAGCUGCGGGAGCUCUUCAUGCAGAUGUCGGCGCCCAGCUACGACGGGCCCGAGCCCGCCCCCGCCCCGGAGCGGCAGCCGCAGUAGAGGCCGGCAGUGAUGACGUCAGCACCCCCCAAUCUAUUUAUAGACGCUAGCAAACUCCUACUGGUGUGCGCCCUCUUUUAUUCGUGCCGUUUGCCCCCAUCCUAAUAAAAGAGAUUUGCAGCCA